AUGGCGAACGAGGAGGGAGACGAGCGAGCCGAUCAGGCAGAUCGCACGCUCGGUGUCGAGCACAUGCAACCUGGCCAGAACUCCUUUGCCAUGGCAACCGUCCAGCGCCAUAGAUACAUGAUCCAAGCAAACGCCUUCUACCAGCAGGAGUGGUCUGCCCGCGAAGGCACCCCGCCAAGCCAAAUUCACCCGGCGUGUCGUCAGCCAGACCUGAUUUCCAACCUCGCACGACCAAUUCCGCGCUGGUCACCUCAACCAACACAACACCAGCACACACCCACACCCGCGCCACGCGACUCGGCGGUCACCACCAUGUCGUCGCUCGAGCGUGCUGCAAAGCGUGCAAACAGUCCAGAAGAACUCAAUCUCGGCACUACCCCUGUGCACACCCCACGACCUACACCGCGCGCUAUCAUCGAGGACCAAGCUGAGUAUCGUCAACAUCAAGCGUCUGGGACCACUGAUAACAGGACGCCUGUCUACCAUCCCACUCCCAAGGAUGCCAAUGAAGGAUUCGACCCUGCCAAUCGUGCCAAAGCCAAGAAGCCAAUGCCAGUGUCCGAUUCAGAGCCAAUAAAGCCACCCCCGCGAGGAUACACAGAACCGAUUCUGGACCGGGAGAGGAGCGUAAAGUUCUCGGAUAGCGCUGACCACGCCCCACAGAAGACUCCGAAGAAGAGCGGCAUGGCCGCCUUGGGAGAUUCCUUCAGGGAUAUCUUCCGCCCGGCGUCGUCGCGUCGGUCGAACGUGGAUGCUGCAUCCCGUCCGCCGACGCCGGCGCCGGGUGGCACGCCCACGACGACGAGAAUGCCGCCAAAGGCGGCGCAAGUGCUGGGAAGCAGCGAUGAUUCCAAGGGCCUCGGCCGGUCUCCGUCAAAGAAGAGCAUCUUUUCACGCCGCGCAUCCGACAUCCACGAGGCGAAGAGCUCGCCCAAGAAGGGCAAGAAGAAGGGUGGCGAAGAUUCGAACGAGCCGCCACCACGAUCAAACACGUCGAUGGGUUUUCGCGUUGACGCUGGGUCAGAGAGCACCCGCAGCCGGACUACGACCACUCCUAGCACCAUGCAGAGUGGCUCGGAGUCUGGCAGCGCGACUCAGCGUCUAAACAUGGCAACGCCAGCUAUGGGGCUCACCAGACAUUCGAGCCUGAAGUAUAACGACGGCCAAAUGCCACCGACUCCGCCGUCCAAGGACACGCCACCGGAUGAGAAGAUCAUCCGCCACAUGAACAAGCAGGUGUCACCUCUCACGUCCUUCACAGACACGCCCACGCGCGGCGCUGGCUUCAUCAGCUCCUCAUCACGCGUGAGUCCAAGUCGCGAUGGCAGUUAUGGACAGCGACAUGUGCCAAAGCUCGUCACAGCACCAAGCAUGCACUCGAUGCGAGCAUCUGUCGCCAUCGACGCGCAAGCCCACAACCCAGCUCAGUUGCAAGAGCUGAAUGAUCGUAUCGGUGGUCUUGGACUCGAAGGUUUCAACAUGCCUGGCGAGUACGAGCAGUCGACCAUUUUCGGAUACUCUCCAAGCGUCUACUCUCAGGAGUGGACAGACCCACGCAACUCCGUUGUCGACGUGCCUGACCGUGUAUCUGAAGUUGAAGAGGAGGAAGUCACGCCGACUAGGCCAACACCACAGGACCAGAUGCAGAUGAGGCCUACACGCUCUCCGUCCGUGGGAACGCCAGACACUUCGGUCACGUCUGCAACUGUCGACCUUAUCUAUCCAGAGCUUCACAACGAUCCUUCCAUCGCUGCUUUCCAGACAUAUGAGCAGACUCCACCACAGGCUUCCAACACCCCAGCAAUGGCUACUGCCUUUGAGCAGCUUGAGGAUGUGUUGGAGUCUACCGCAGGUGUUGGCACUUCUCGUGUUCAGGACAACCGGGCCCCUGAGACACCUCAAUCACGCCACCAGCAGUCAAGAACCGAGCGACGUCGUGCCACUCUUGCACCGUCGGCACUCCAAAACAGCGGCGGCGAGGGCCAUGAGGUGCAGACCACAAAGAGCCAGUCUUUUGACCAAGAGUCAGAUUCUUCCAAGUCUAGUUUCGAGUUUGACGAGAACGACAUGGAAGCGGCCAUUCGCCAUCGCAACGAGAAGCUGGCACGCACUGGCCUUAUCCACCCAGCCUUUCGCAAGCCGGUUCAAGAAGAGGCAGAGACUUCUCCAAUGUCAAACCACCCAAGUGCCAAGGUGUCACCAUUGAAAUAUGUCCAGCAUACCGGCACUGGCCAGAUUCUGUCAUCCGCCGCCUACGACCCAAAUGCUCCUGGCAAGUCCACAGGACUGAAAGCUGAGUUCACGCCACUCGCGAAGCAGGAUGAGGGCGUGGCCAAGAUGCGGAGAGCGCUCGCCGCUGAGGACAUGUCGCCAGCACCCAAGCGUCGCCCAGGCAACAUCAUGGAUAGUCGCCCAAACUUGGCUCCAAGCAAUGCUGCCGCAGCGCCUAAGACUGGUGUUCGAAGCCCUCGCCGUGCCAAGCGCUUCCCUCGCAGCACCGACGUUGACCCAGCCAUGUCAACCACCAGCUCUGAGUCUCGCUCACGCUCGCCGUCUCGCGAAUCUUCGCCCUCGCAGCAAUCACGUGCGGUUCAGCCAGCAUCUUCACGUGCCAAUCAGCAGCAAACUUCACUUGGCAAUCAGCAGCCAACUUCACGCGCUGCUAAGACUUCACUCGCCAAUGACGACAACGUCUCGCGCUUCACUUGUUCACGCGACGCCGACAUGCGUGCAUUCAAUCAAGACGCACAACGCUUCAAGGCUUCGAUUGAGCGCAAAUACCCAAGCACGACGAAAGCACUCACCGACGACAGUGCAGCAGACAGCGGUGUCGACAUAGACAAUCACAAGAACACCACAGGUCCUCAUCGCCCCGACACCCGCAAGCCCAAGCGUGUGUCGACGGCCAACGCUCGCAAAUACUACCUUGGUCCUCCUGCCGGUGGCGACACUCCAGACAGCAGUCGCUGCGGCACGCCAAACACCACCGCAACCAACGACUCUGAAGCGUCCACCAUCGUUCUCACGCCCAACUUGCCGUACGGUUUCCGACCUCCACCCGGUGGCGCGCCUGUGACGAGUAGUCAGCUUGCUGGAUACGAGACACAUCCCACCGUCUCCGACAUGAGCUCCCCAACUCCUGCCGAGCCUCGCGGAAAGGGCAAGCAGAAGAGUAAUAACUCGACGGCGACUGGCAGCGGUGGUGCUUCUGGCGGCAAGACGACUUCAAGGAGCACGACCUCAACUACACCCGGCAGCAUGGCGACUCCAGGCAACAACACGUCCUCCACCCGCAGCAGCGGUCGUGCUCGUGUUGUAUCCAAUGCGUCUACUGCUCACACUUCGUCGAGCGACACUCUCCCUGGUACUGCUACCAGCAGAAAGACGUCGACCAAUGUCGCUUCGAACACGAUUCCCGCUCCUUCCGCUUCUGGCAGCACAUCUUCGACGGCUCCAUCCAACACUCAGGCGGUCCCAUAUUUCAACCAGCCAGCCGCUACUCCUCCUGCCGUCGCCCCCACCGCAUCUCCUCCUGUGGCUAUUGGAGCUCCAUCUCCGCCGCCGACCCAACCUCUACCCCAGCCAUCGCCGGCUUUGCAGAUGCAAGCUUUCAUGGCGCUCUACCAGCAGCAGGCGGAGGCGAUGCGGCUCUUGAGUGCGCAGAUGAAUCGUUUGGAGAUGACUCAGCUUGCCAACCAGCAGGGCAACCAGCAGGCCAGCCCGCAGACGAACGCUCCUAUCAGCCAGCAGGGCACACAGCAGCCAAACCAAGCCGCUCAGCAGAUGCCUCAAGUUGCGCAGCAGGCCAGCCAAAACAACCACCAGACGGCUCAAGCCCCCCAGGCUCCCCCACAAGCCGACGACACCAGCUCCGACGAAGACGACCGCGCCGACUGGUUCAACCCCGGUUGA